GUUUUCAGGCGGAACUAUAACUCCAAAAAAUGUUCCAUACCUGGUGACCUCAUUUCCAACACAAGGCACCACUCCUGCUCCAACAAGUAAAGGCGGAACUACGACUCCAAAUAAUGUUCCAUACCCGGUGACCUCAUUUCAAACAAAUAGCACCACUCCUGCUCCAACAAGUAAAGACAUGACAACAGAACUGCAAGGAAACAACACAAUGUCUUUAGGUACCGAACAAACAUCAACAACUUUGUGUUUCAAUAAACUACACUUGUGUGAAGAAUUCGAUACCGUGUUGUGUUCAAAUUACAAGACAUGGGCAAUGGAUAACUGCCGGAAACAUUGUGGGUUUUGUCAAGAAUCAUCGACUCUGUCAACAUCGCCAACCACCUGCACAGAUAACAUUCAUAACUGUAAGGACUUUGUGCCAGACAUUUGCACAGCUGCAUCGUAUCGAGAAUGGGCUAAAGGAAAUUGUGCUAAAUUCUGCAAUCUCUGCGGGAAUUGAUGCAGUCAGUCAAUUUAAUGCAGUCAAAUAGUUAUAAGUAAACUGAAGUAAAGCAAUCAGACUUCUUUCUGUUAAGGAAGAAAAAGGAGUUUGCUAUAUAUAACGGACUUAUUAUUUUAGAAUAGAUUUUUUAAACCAAUUAUUUGCGUUGUUUAGU